CACGUCUAGAAGGGCACUUCGGGACUCAUACCAAAAGCGCGCACCUUGCUCGCUUGUGCGUCUUCUCAAUUCAGCCAAUGUACGUAUCCUUGAUUCGCCCAAUUCCGCAUGGCACCCUCGCCUACAUGCCCUCUUCCGAGUGCGAAACCGAUAAACCAUCCAAAUCAAGCAUGUUGGCCCUUCCGCCCGCAUCCACUAGAAUCCACUGCUUUGUCCCCACCGCAUCGCAAGGGCAGCACAUGGCUAGUUAGCCCUUGCCCUUCCUACCAAACCUCGCUCCCACUCCCCAUGUGCGUUAUCUCGCUCUAAUGCGCUCUAUUUUCCUUGCCCACCCACACACCCCACCCGCACAAUCCUUCGCCCGCC